AUGGAGAUUCCCAAUAGGACUGCUGUGGAGGAAUUCAUUUUGCUGGGCUUUGGAAUUGGGCAGAAGGAGCGCUUCCUACUCCUUAUUUUUUUCGCCAUUCUCUACAUACUCACUUUGGGUGAGAACAUCGUCAUCACUGCAGUAGUGCUCCUAGACUCCCACUUGGCUCGGCUCCCCAUGUACAUCCUGCUGGGCAACUUCUCCUGGCUGGAGAUAUGUUAUGUGACAACCACUGUGCCCCGUAUGCUCUUCGACCUGGCAUCCCCUCAUGGGGUAAUCUCGUUUCGUGAUUGUUUCCUCCAAUUCUAUAUCUUCUUCUCUCUGGGCACAACAGAAAAUUUAUUUCUCUCUGCCAUGGCCUUGGAUCGCUACUUGGCCAUCUGCCACCCACUGCGCUACCCAAAACUGAUGUCCCAGGACUCCUGUUAUGCCCUGGUGGCAGCUUGCUGGGUUCUUGGAUUCUUAUGGUAUUCUAUCCCAGUGAUCUGGAUCUCCAGGUUGUCCUUCUGUGGCCCCAACAUCAUUGAUCACUUUUUAUGUGACCCUGGGCCAAUACUCUCCCUGGCCUGCCCCCCACUAGGAAAUGUUCCCCAGGUCUGCCAGAUUUUAAUGAACACUGUAUUUUUAGUGAAUGUUGUCUUUGUUGUGUUUUCCUACAGCAUUGUGAUUGUCACCCUAAUGAAAACCUCUAACCAAGGCAGUCGUAGGAAGGCUUUCUCCACCAUACUGAUGCACGUACUGGUGGUGACCCUUUUCUACGGAUCCAUAGCAGGGAUGUACUUAGCUCCAGGUGGAGAAAAGCAAUCAGAGGUGACUAAGGCAGUAACACUCUUCUACUCAACCAUUACACCCUUUCUCAACCCCAUGAUAUAUUGCCUAAGGAACAACCAGGUGAAGGAGGCACUGAGUAGGUUGCGGCGAAGAAAGGGGAGGGGAGAAAAAUGA